AUGGCAGAUCGUGUUCAUCCAGCUGCUGCAUCGGAUCACUCCCAUCCGCUUCCUGAAUCUGUCAAGCCUCCUAUCUCCGACGACAAGCCACUACUGCCGCAAGGAACAUACUUGAAAUAUUCAAUCGAUAACAUUUCAAUAGGAGGCGUCAACCUGACUUCGUCAGCGCCGAUAUUCCCAAGGAUAACUGUUGACAUUAGAGCAGAAAACCCUAACGAUAAGCUUUCGGUGUACUACAACGGAAAAGGAAGCUCUGUCAACGUGUAUUACGCCGACGUUAACUUAUGUAACGGUGUGUUACCGACGCUUCAACAGCAUACGAAUAACGUGACGAUAAUCAAAACGGCGUUAAGGGGAUCAAAUAUUGUCUUAGCACGUGAUGAUCACUCGCGAUUGGUAUCACAGCAGGGCAAACGGAAUGUGCCAUUAAGAUUGAAGGUUAAGGCUCCGCUGAAAAUUAAAAUUGGUGCAGUUAAAACGUGGGAGAUAACGGUUACCGUCAAGUGUAACGUUGCUGUUGAUCAAUUAACCCAGAAGUCAAAGAUCGUGUCGGAAAAUUGUGAUUAUAGGGUAAAACUGUGGUAA